GGCAAGAGGGGCAAGGGCGCGGGUGGAGCUGGCGGGGGCGGUGGUGGAGGUGGCGGUGGAGGCGGCGGAGGGAGUGGGGGGGUGGCGGUGGGAGUGGUAGGGGAGUGGUGGUGGUGGUGGCGGCAGCGGCGACGGAGGCGGUGGCGGCGGAGGCGGUGGGGGCGGAGGCGGUAGUGGUGGCGGCGGUGGAGGAGGCGGUGGCGGAGGAGGUGGAGCUGGUCGGGGUAGUGCCCCGCAGCGGAGCGGCUCUGGUGGUGGUCCGCGGCAGCAGCAACAGCGUUCUCGGGACGUCCCCCCGCCUUAGCAGCUCCGUGAGUGUGAUGAGGGUGAUUGUUACCGGUGUUAUCCCGCCCGACCCGGGCAUUGGUACGGCUGCGCUAGGUGCUUGUGAGACUGCUGCGCUCUCAGGUGCUGCUGCCCCCUUGGGCACCCUGUCCUGGUCUGGACAUGGCUUUCGCGUGUCCUUGUCUGUGGUCUUCCCCGGUCUCUCCCUCCUCUUCCUUCGGGGCCAGGACCUUCCUGUGUCCCUUGUGUCGAGGGGCCCCUCCGGGCUGCCCCCACUCCUCCCAGUUUUCCUCCGACAGAGGCUACUCUGCAGACGCUUCACAUGGACGUGUGGGGCCUGGCCCGCGUCCGUGGACAGGGUCACGAGCGCUACUUUCCUGCUGGUGGUUGACGACUACUCGCGUUUCACCACAGUCUUCCCCUUCCGCAGCAAGGGUGAUGUCACUGAGGGCAGAGAGUUUUCCUCUGGCCUUCUGCGAGCCUACUGUCGUGCAGAGGGCAUCCGCCAGACCUUUACGCUUCCGGACUCUCCACAGCAAAAUGGGAUUGCUGAGCGCCGCAUUGGCAUGGUCAGGGACGUCGCUCGUACGUCCAUGAUGCAUGCGGCUGCCCCCCAUUUUCUGUGGCCGUUUGUGGUUCGGUACGCGGCACAUCAUAUCAACCUUCAAACCCGGGGUUUCCCGGCCGGGGAAGGUCCGUACCUCCCCGGCCCUGCUGUGGACUGGGAAGGGUGGCAGUUCUACCACCCCUCCUCUCGUCAUGUUCUGUCCUCCCAGGACGUCACGUUCGACGAGUUAGUCCCCUUCUACCGCCUCUUCCCCUACUGCACUCCUUCCCUCCCCCCGCCACUCGGACUUCCCUACGCAGUCAAGCCGGUCAAAGUUGCUGGUGACUCUGGUACUGCUGCGGGUGCUGAGCCAGGGGGUGCUGACUCUGGGGGUGCUGUGCGCGUGUGUGCUGAGCCUGGGGUUGCUGACUCUGGGGGUGCUGCGCCAGAGGGCGUUGAGCCUGGAGGUGCUGCGUCUGGAGCUGCUGAGCCUGGAGGAGCUGCGCGAGUGGUUUUCCUCGCCGCUGGAGGCGUACUGCUGGAGCUGGAGCUUCUUCGGCCGCUGAGGGUGCUGGUGCCCGCCGGUCCUGCAGCUGCUGGGCCUGCGGAUCCUACUGGAGCUGGAGCUGCUGAGGGUGUUGGUGCUGAGACUGCUCCUGUGUGUCCUGGCGGUGGUCCUGCUGCUGGUGCGGCUGGAGGUCCUGCCAUUGGAGGUGUUGUUGGCGCUGGUGCUGCCGCCGAGGGUGCUGGUGCUGUCCCUGGUGUCUCAGCAGUCCCCGCGCGGCCUCGGCCGUACUUCGUUCCGCUCCUGCAGCAGCCUACGUCUUCUCCCGCGUCGCCUGUUCGUGCUUCUCGCGCUAGUGGUCGCAGUUCGCGUCAGCAUCCUCCUCCUGUCCCUGGCACGCACCGGAUGUCUUUGCGUCCGUCUACUGCUCCUCUGCGUGCCCCUUUACCUUCUCCUCCUGAGUAUUCUCUUCCUGCGCUUCCCGACCCGGAGUCGGACUCUCUGCGUGCUGCCAGUCCUACCGUCACGCGUCUUCUUGCUAGUGUGGUCACUGACUCCUCCUUUGAGUCCACUGCUGCGUCUGCUCUUGUUGUUGUUUAA